AUGAAUCAAAAUUUGGGUUUUGUUUUGGUUUCGCGCUCCUCCUUAGAAAAUUCAUUUAGGUUUUCCUUCUCCGAAGCAUUGGUCUCCAUUUGUGUGCCCUUUUUCUGGUUUUUACUUCUAAGGUGCUUCAAUCGGCGCUUCCAUCGCCGGUGCCGCUCCCAAUCGAGUCUCUCGAUCGUGAGUUUCAGGUAUGAUUGUGGUAUGUUGGUGAUUAAAUAUAUGGAGUUAUGGGACCACUUACCUAAAUUUGAUGGGAACAAAAUUUCCUAUUACACAACGGAACAAUUACAAAUUGUGCGACAAGAGAUGGUUUGUCAGUGGGUAUUACACGAAGAUAAUGUUCAUCGCACUAUGGUAUUGAAGAAAUUUGGGAUGCUUUAAUCAUUGAUUAACUCAUGAAGUUGUACAACAUGAACAAGUUUAAUACAUUGAAGUAGGGGAACAAUUAAUUUACAUAUUUAACAUAAUAUCAAUGAAAUAUGAUUGAUUAGGACACCAUGAAUGUUAUUGGUUUUUAGCAUGUUUAGUUUUUGUAAUGAAGAAUAUGUUUCACUAU